GGGGCGGGCGCAGGGCCGGGCUUCGCGCUGUGGGGUCGCUCGCGCGGCGGCGGUAGCUGAGGCCUCUUGGUUCUGCGGCACGUGACGGUCGGGCCUCCUCUGCCGCCGUCUCCACUGCAGCGCGGGGCCAGGUGUGUGGGUAGAAGGCAUCGGCAUCGCCGGCUCUAGAUCAUGGAAAGGAAGUGGUUACUGUGUAUGUUGCUGGUCCUUGGAACGGCUGUCAUUCAAGGUCAUGAUGGACAUGAUGACGAUAUGAUUGAUAUUGAGGAUGACCUUGAUGAUGUCAUUGAAGAGGUAGAAGACUCAAAAUCAAAACCAGAUACCAGCACUCCUCCUCCAUCUCCAAAGGUUACCUACAAAGCUCCAGUUCCAACAGGGGAAGUGUAUUUUGCUGAUUCCUUUGACAGGGGAACUCUCUCAGGGUGGAUUUUAUCCAAAGCCAAAAAAGAUGACACUGAUGAUGAAAUUGCUAAAUAUGAUGGAAAGUGGGAGGUUGAUGAAAUGAAGGAAACAAAGCUUCCAGGCGAUAAAGGACUGGUGUUGAUGUCCCGGGCCAAGCAUCAUGCCAUCUCUGCUAAACUGAACAAGCCCUUCCUGUUUGACACCAAGCCUCUCAUUGUUCAGUAUGAGGUUAAUUUCCAAAAUGGAAUAGAAUGUGGUGGUGCCUAUGUGAAACUGCUUUCUAAGACACCAGAACUCAACCUGGAUCAGUUCCACGACAAGACCCCUUACACGAUUAUGUUUGGACCAGAUAAAUGUGGUGAGGACUAUAAACUGCACUUCAUCUUCCGCCACAAAAACCCCAAAACAGGGGUGUAUGAAGAAAAGCAUGCUAAGCGGCCGGACGCAGAUCUGAAGACCUAUUUCACUGAUAAGAAGACACAUCUCUAUACAUUAAUCUUGAAUCCAGAUAAUAGUUUUGAAAUACUGGUUGACCAGUCUGUUGUGAACAGCGGAAAUCUACUAAAUGACAUGACUCCUGCAGUAAAUCCUUCACGUGAAAUUGAGGAUCCGGAAGACCGGAAACCUGAGGAUUGGGAUGAAAGACCAAAAAUACCAGAUCCAGAUGCUGUCAAGCCUGAUGACUGGGAUGAAGAUGCCCCUGCUAAGAUUCCAGAUGAGGAGGCCACAAAACCUGAAGGCUGGUUAGAUGAUGAGCCUGAAUAUGUGCCUGACCCUGAUGCAGAGAAGCCAGAGGAUUGGGAUGAAGACAUGGAUGGUGAAUGGGAGGCUCCUCAGAUUGCCAACCCUAAAUGCGAGUCAGCCCCUGGCUGUGGUGUCUGGCAGCGACCCAUGAUUGACAACCCCAGUUAUAAAGGCAAAUGGAAGCCUCCCAUGAUUGACAAUCCUAACUACCAGGGAAUCUGGAAACCCAGGAAAAUACCAAAUCCAGAUUUCUUUGAAGAUCUGGAACCUUUCAGAAUGACUCCUUUCAGCGCUAUUGGUUUGGAGCUGUGGUCCAUGACCUCUGACAUCUUUUUUGACAACUUCAUCAUUUCUGCUGAUCGGAGGGUGGUUGAUGACUGGGCCAACGAUGGGUGGGGCCUGAAGAAAGCUGCUGAUGGGGCUGCUGAGCCAGGUGUGGUGGGGCAGAUGAUCGAGGCAGCGGAGGAGCGCCCAUGGCUCUGGGUGGUCUACAUUCUGACUGUGGCUCUGCCCGUGUUCCUUGUUAUCCUCUUUUGCUGUUCUGGAAAGAAACAGUCCAAUGCUAUGGAGUACAAAAAGACUGAUGCUCCUCAACCAGAUGUGAAGGAGGAAGAAGAGAAGGAGGAGGAGAAGGACAAGGGAGAUGAAGAGGAGGAGGCAGAAGAGAAGCUUGAGGAGAAACAAAAGAGUGAUGCUGAAGAAGAUGGUGGGACUGUCAGCCAAGAGGAGGAAGAUAGGAAACCUAAAGCAGAGGAGGAUGAAAUUUUGAACAGAUCGCCAAGAAACAGAAAGCCACGAAGAGAGUGAAACAAUCUUAAGAACUUGAUCUGUGAUCUCCUCUCCCUCCCCUUCCUUUGCAAGUGGGGUCCCAGGAGAGGACCCAGCACACCUUAGGUUGACACUCAGAAAACCUCAAGACGUCACCAUCAACAGGUCCCAGUUGAACACUAGUCCGUGUGAUUUUAAACAUCUAGCAGUAAAUAAUUGCAGUUGUGACACAAAGGACCCUGUUUCUGUAGAAAAGAAAACAUUGAACAUAAUGGUUGUGAGAUGUAACAUGAAGCAACUAACUUGUAUUUUUGUUUUUGUUUUUAAACAUCUUUGUUUUUUAAAAUAGAAUGAUAGAACUUUGCCAGUCUUUAAAACUUUGGCUUAAUUUAAUAUAUUAAUCUGUCAAUGCAGAAAUAACACCAACAUUAGAAUGCUAGGGGGGUGAAUUGCAGUUUUUAUAACUUUUUUUUAAGUUUGGUAUUAAAACAUUCAAGUGUCUCUGUCCCUCAGGAUUGAUGAUCAUGUCAGAGUGCAGCCAUCUGUGGUUAUAAUCUUGUUUUGCUUGCUUCCAUUGCUCAGUUCCUCCUAAGGAAAUUGAGGAGAGGGAUUGGAUGGAAGCCCAAAUUUAUAUAAAGGUUCCGUUUAAGUUGUAUUAAAAAUAGACAUAUAAAAAGAAAAAAAAUCUUUUCACUUGAUGUUGGUGAGACCAUGAAGUGUGUGUGUGUGUGUGUGUUACCCUUGGGACUGCUCGGUUCCUGGACAGCAGUGGGUGGAGGAGGUGGCUUAGUGCCUUGGGCAUUUUGAGCAUUUGUCCUUCACACACAGGGGUGUUCUAGGCUCCUGUCUGGAGCAGAUGCAUCAGGACAUGUGAGCUCCGGAGUAGAUGUUCUCAUCACUCUUCACUGUGUUGACACUGUUUUCCUUGCCUAUUUCCCCAGAUUCCCAGCUUUCUCCUCUGCUAUGCAUUUUCUUCACAGCGCAGCUUCCAGUCCGUUGCUGAAAAUGAUUAUAAGCUCUGCAUAGUGUUAAGCUUUAUUGUGAUUACGUGUAUUUUUUUUUUUUUAAAGCAGACCCACACCUUUCCAGGGUCAAAGUACAGGAUAGAAUACAUAUUUUCCAUUUCUUUUACUUUGUGGAAAGACUUUAGAAGUCUGAUCCAGAGGUGAGCCAAUUCAGAAUUGACUGUAAUUGAACACAGGAUAAAAGUAUUUAUGGGAGGAGUGACAUAUAGCAUGAAUUAUCAGAUUUUGUAGCUGCUAAAUAUUUUAAGUCUUCAUUUGCAAUUCCUGUAACAGUUGGAUCUUAAAUUUACAUAAUAAAGCAGUCCUGUUAAUUUUUUUUAAUGUGGCUUGUAGAAUUUUUUUAAAGUGAUUUUAGGUUUGUGUUUUCAUGUAGAAUGUGGAUGGGUGCUAUCCAAGCCUCUCCCCCAUCACUGCAGUAAUUAUCACACCACACUGAAAUGUAUUCAGAAUUAGAUGGGAUUUUAGUUUUUGUCUUUCUUCAGAGCAUUUCAAAUGUAUGGAUGAAACUGCUUCUUGCACUGAAUAUAUAAACAUGCCACAGUGUUUAUAUUGGGGAGGUUUGGGGGAGGAAGUAUAUUUGUAAAAGAUGAAGGUUGUAUCAUUUAUAUUCUUUUUUUUUUUUUAACUGGUUCACUUAAAUUCUCUGAGGGUGGGAUGCAUUUUUCUUGCUGUUCAGUGCUUUAUCCUUUUCAUCUGUUGUUUUGUGGUCACAGUGACCUUAGCUAUGUAGCAAACUUUCCCAAAUGUAUUGAGUGCAAAUAAACAGUUACUUAGCAAGACUUGAA